AUGCCAGAGCAAGCAGUUGCUGUCGCUGGAGGUAUAAUAGGAGGGAUCCUUUUAUUUGUUCUCAUUGGCAUAACUGUGUACCUGCUGUGGAAGAAAUUUUGCUGCCUCCUUUCUUAUGAAAAGCUCACCAGUCCUGUCAAAACAGCAAAUGCUGUUUUCCAGGAUCAGUCAACUUCUGAAGUGCAACUAAAAAGCACAAGCUCCAGAAGUGUUCCCUUCAUCAUUCCACCAACACUGCACGGGCGAGACUGGACUGGAGCUUAUGUCGUAGGGACCAUUAACCCAGAGCUGUACAAGUUUCCUGAAGACAGAAGUGAGACGGAUUUUCCUGAAGGCAACAUCGGCCGCCUCUGGUUCUCCGUACAAUAUGAGCAGGAGUCAGAAAGGCUCCUCGUCUCCCUGAUCAAAGCCAGAAAGCUGCAGCCUCCUCCUGCUGAUCCCUGUAGCCUGUUUGUGAAAAUCUACUUGCUGCCUGAUGAAAGGAACUACUCGCUGUCGAAAACCAAACACAAAACCCUUAACCCGCAGUUUGAUGAAACCUUUGUUUUUCAGGUUUCCAGUAACGUGUUGCUCCAAAGGACUCUGAAGUUUUUGGUUUAUCAUGUUGAUCAACAGAAGAAGCAUCAUCUCCUAGGCCAAGCUAUCUUCCCACUGAAAAAUGAAGCAUUACCUGAUGACAACAAACUAGUCGUAUGGAGAGAUCUGGAGAAAGAAAACCUGGAGCCUCCUUCAGACUAUGGUGAUAUCCAGUUCUCCCUCAGCUACAACGACUACCUGGGCCGCCUCACUGUAGUGGUCCUGAGGGCACGGGGAUUAAAGCUCCAGGAGGAGAGCCAUGCUGCCAGUGUGUAUGUCAAAGUCUCACUAAUGAACCAUAAUAAAUUCAUGAAAACGAAAAAGACAGCAGCUGUUCUGGGAUCCCCCAAUCCAGUGUAUAACGAAACCUUCGGUUUCAAGGCAGAUCCGACAGAGCUGGAUACAGCAAGCCUGAGCCUGUCCGUGCUCCAGAGCCUCGAGGGAGAAAAAACACAUCUGCUAGGACGUGUAGUAGUCGGGCCUUUCAUGUACACCCGCGGCAAAGAACUAGAACACUGGAAUGAAAUGAUCAGCAAGCCCAAGGAGCUGGUGAAACGAUGGCAUGCUCUCUGCCACAGCACGUAA